CAUUAGUAAUUUUAUUUUUAUAUUUACAAAUAAAGGAGUUAUAACAAUGUAAAAUCAUUAAAUUUGAUAUUAAUGAGAGUUAUAAUAAGAGAAAAUGUACGUAAGACGCGUGAUCGAGAAAAUUAAAAAGAAAAAAAUUCAAAAAUUUCGCGUACGUAUUUCAUCUAUGAGUAUUCCCGUUUAUGUAUCAUUGUCGCGUCCGUGACUCGGAUUAGUAGCCAGUCUAGUGAAGAUGGCUGAAAACAAUGGCAAUGGUUAUUGAGCUAACUUUGCGUUCUCCUGAUACUUGUCAACAAAGAAGUUAUCAUUAAUUAAAAAGUAACUGAAGCAUUCAUCAUAGUCACACGUAUAUAUUAUGGCAACUGCUAUUCAAAAGAAUGGCAUGAAACCUUUAACAAACACAAUAAAUCAUGUAGAGGAUGUAAAUAAUUUAAACAAUACGGGCAUAUGUAAAGAAGAGAAAGAUGAAAGACUGUUCGAUGGGCAAAUCCAAUCUUAUGUGGACCCUCCUGAACAGGAGCCUCGCGAGCUGGAUAUUGUUAUUAAUAACGUAGUUUGCAGCUUCAGCGUUAGGUGUCACUUAAAUUUACGAGAAAUUGCGCUUAAUGGAUCUAAUGUGGAAUAUAGGAGGGAGAAUGGGAUGAUAACAAUGAAAUUGAGGAGACCUUAUACUACUGCUUCUAUAUGGUCUUCUGGUAAAGUAACAUGUACUGGUGCAACUAGUGAAGUUCAAGCAAAGAUCGCAGCUCGCCGAUUUGCUCGUUCACUUCAGAAACUCGGAUUCAAAGUGCGAUUUAAUAAUUAUAGAGUGGUCAAUGUAUUAGGUACAUGUUGUAUGCCAUUCGCCAUCAAGAUAACGUCAUUUUCUGUCUAUCACAAAGAAAAUGCAGAUUACGAGCCAGAAUUACAUCCUGGUGUUACAUACAAGUUAAAAGAACCAAAAGCCACAUUGAAGAUAUUUUCUACAGGCAGUGUUACUGUAACUGCUCCUAAUGUUGCUGCUGUCCAAGCAGCAAUUGAAUACAUUUAUCCACUAGUCUAUGAGUUUCGAAAAGAGAGAACAGCAGAAGAUGAACUUGCCUUGACAACAAAAAAGCGUAGAUUGGGGAUAAGUAAAAGAAACAAUGAAGAGUUCCUAAAUGACUCAGAUUAUGUAUACGAAGCCAUGUUUUCUGAUGAAGAAGAUGAAGGUGAAGGGGGUGAGAGUGAUGCCAGUUGGGACUGAUCUGUUUACUUUGCUACUCUUCUGUUAAUUGUGAAACUGUUAUAUCUUGUUCUUUGAAAAAUAGAUAUGCACUGCUCUGUGUACAAAAGUGUUAUCAUAAAGAGUGAAGUGAAGCAUUCGUUUUCUAGUAGUGAAAAGACAAUGUGUGAGUGCCAGAGACAAAUAUGCACGUAUGCGUGUUUUAAUUAUGGUUACAUUAAUAACAAAUCAAACUGAAUUCCAGCAUCAAACAAUAUUGUCAUAAUUUACUUUCAUCAAUAAUAUACAUAUGUACAUAGAUGCAUACACGUAUAUACAUCUAUGUAUGCAUCUAUGUACAUAUAAGUAUUGAACAUAAAAACAAUGUUGUACACAUAAUCGUUUUGUUUUAGUGAACAAUUUUUCAAUGUUCAUUUAAAAUUUAUCAGGUUUUUUUUGUUUUUGUUUUUGAGAAAAUUCAGUACAUUUAAGUGAUUAGAAACGGUUCUAAGAAAGGCUUGUUUGUAAGUAUACUCCUCUACAUUUAGGUAACGAAAUAAUACAUGCUUCUUAAGUUUUUAAUUAUCUAUAAUCAACUGAUUAUGUACUGAAGUAUUGUGGCGGUAAUCAAACGCAUGUAUAUUUUACUGUUCUCUGUUCUACUUCUUUCUACUCAUAGAUGUAAUCUAAUUUUUGCUUAAUUAACAUACUGUGCCAAAGAUGGAUGUUCAAAAUUUGAGGCAAAGUGAUCAAAGUGACAUCUAAGAAGCUGCAAAUUUUGUUCAUUAUAAUAAUUAGCUUUUUUUAUUGCAAUGACACGUUUCAAUGAAUAUGAAAAUAUUUUACAAUAAUUUUUUUUUUUAAGUUUCUAUAUAAAUACAGAAAAGUCAUACACAAUUCGAUACAUUAAUUCUAAAAUUACUUGCAACUCCAUGGAAUACAUUUAAAACCAUUGUGCUAACAACAGCCUAUCUUCGAUUGAAUGAAUUAAAGAAAUUAAUCUUAAAUAAUUUAAGAAUAGGAGAAGUUUUGUUUUCUAAAAAAACAUAGUUUCAUACUUUAUGUUCUUUUCAUAUAAUGAUACAUACCUUUUUGUAUUAUUAAAUAUUUUUAUUCAGGCGAUUGUGGGCUGGUUUUAGGAAGUACGAUAGAAAAUAUAUAAAAUUAAUAUCAAAUUUAAUUAUUAAUUAAUUAAGCGAAAAUUUCGCAGGUCUAAUUACUGUUUUCUAGAAUUUGGGUUUAUUAUGUGUCAUUGUAUUUAUAGACCAGUUUUAAAAACAAAUUCUAGUUCAGUAUAACUUGUCGAUUCAAUCUCUCUUUUUGGUUAUUCAAAAAAAGAACUUGAAAAUGACUCACAAAUUUUGAUUAGACAAUAUAUUUCAUUUUAUUUUCUGGGAGUUGCGACAUAAAUAUAAAGAAUACAAUAGAUUACAAUAACAUAUUACUUACCAUUUCCUAUAUUACUCAUUUACAUAUAAGAUCUAAUUAUUUAUUUGUCACUUGCAGUAUCCUCAUGACGAUAAGUGCAUUUGAAUCAUGUCAUUUUCGUCACCGUUAUACAUCAUAGUUCGAGGAACAAUAAAUACUAUAAUAUACGUUUUCUGCUGUUACUGAAUUAUCAAAGUAUUCAGUGAUUAAAAUUUAAUAUGUCUUAAACACGAGAAGCUUGACUGACAUGGCUAUUUUUAAGUUUUGUUCGAUAAUAAAGAUUGCGAGUAUAUACAAAAAAGAAGGAAAAUUUGAUACAAACGGCAUAAUGUAAGAAAGAAACGUUCUUCGACUAUUUUUUAAUUAUUUAAGUACAGUAGUAUGGACUUACAUAAGACAUACUUGUAAAUAAAACAAGUUCACCAGAUGCACUGGUAUGCAAUUAGUUGUAUACUUCUUAAAGAUUACUAAACAAAAUGCGUACUUUGUAAUUGUUACUACUCAUAUACACUAUUUAUGGUCCCUGACGUAUCACAAGUAUGCGUGUGUGAAGAAAUAUUGGCAAUACUUCUUGAUAUCAUAUAAUAAAGAUUAAUCUGUACCUCGUGCCAUACAAAAUACUAUUCGUACGCUAAGCUUAGUUAAAUUUUCAUAAUUUCAUAUGAUUUACUGUAUAUGCUAAACAAGUUUUUUAUAAAGAAGCUAUAGUCACUGCCCUUCGCGUAUUCAAUACCGAAAUUGAAAAGACUUGAGCUUGAUUAAGAACGUGACAUUGAGUAACAGAAUGCUUUAAUUAAUUUUAUAUUGUUCAGGUAUUAUAUACAUUGAAUGUAAUCGUAAACAUGAAAAUUAUGUUACUUUAAAGAUUGGAAUAAUGUCAGAAUCACUGUGUAAUCAUUUAUAAUAUUACUGGGUUUUAUUAACCUUGAUUUACUCGUAAUCAUUCUUUUAAUAGAGUUUACAACAGGACGACAUAUAAAAUAUAAUAUUCUUUGUAAUUAUUUUAUACAGAUAAAAAUUUAAAAUGGAAUGUUAUUAGUUUCAAGUUUUGCAGAAAAUCACACGAAUAAAAUAACAAAUUAUUUGGCCCUAUUAUUUAAAAUUAUUAUGGAUUCUUCUUUAUUAUGCAUUAACGUUAUUUUAUUGCCCUUUAUAUUAUAUCUACACUUUAGGUACUGUCAAAUAUAUUUUUGAACUUGGCAAGUUAAAUGAUCUGGAUUCUUUCAUUGCUUACAAAUAUAUUUAAAAGUUACAAUUACGAUUUGAUUAAACAGAAUUGAAUUUUGGAGUAUGAGUUGCACUUAUUAAAAGUGAGUAUGCUUAAUAUGAUUACAUGACACUAUAUUUAAUUACAUUUAUAAUAGUACAAAGUAUAAAAGUAUAUUUUUUUCUGUUUAUUUAAAAGACCACAAGAAAUACAUUUUUUAAUGUAAACUUUAUUAGAAAAAGUAAUUUAAGAAAACAUAUUUGUUUUAUAGUUAAACGAUUUUUACUAGAGGAUACAAUGGUUUUCGGCAUAUUCCAUUUUGGAAAUUUGGCAUUACAAUUAAUAAAAUUAUUUAAAACAAGAUUCCACAAGACUUUGUGCUUUCAAAAAAAAAAAAAAUCUUUAUAUUUUUCUUUAUUAAGUUACUAUGUCACGAAAACUAAACAUUGUGAUAAUAAUUUACAAUGGUAUGAAUUAUUUUUUUAAGUACUAUCAAUGUACGAUUGUAUGCAUGAAGUACAGAAAUAUUUAUCUUAUAUAUGGAAUAAAGGCUAAUAUAACCACGAUUAGAAAUCAUAUCAUUUUCAGAUAAAAACCUUCGAAUGAAAUGUAUCUUCUUUAGUAUCUUUCGAAAAAACACAAAUAUUUCUAUAUAUAUUUCUUUACACGUUUUCCUUUUAUCAUGACUGCCAGUUUUACUACUUGCCUCGAAUGUAACUAUUAAUACUAAAAACGAAAAUCGCUAUACUAAUAAGUAUACUAUGGUUUCUUGUAAUACUGCACAUUAUUAACAUAUUAAUUGUGUAGGGCAUAUUUUAUUCAAAUGUUACAUAUUGAUAGUCUGAGGAAGAACUAUCGAUAAAUUUGUAUUCAAAUUCAACUUAGUGUCAACAUGGAACUGCAGUGAUCUUAGUAGUAUUAUACAUAAUUUAGACUAAGUUUGAAAUAAAACGUUGUUUAUUAUGUUUGUAUGACUGUCAAUCAUAGAUUAUGACUAAUGCUAUCUAUUUAAUACAUUUUUUUUUUUCUAUAAUCUAAUUGAGAUGAACUUAUUAGUUUCAAUUCGAACUCAUGACAAUAAAAUACUACCAUUACAGUUUAUUAAUAUAACAUCAUACGACUAUAAGAUGGAUUUCUUUUUAACAACAAUCUAUAACGUAUCCCGUUGUCUUUAUGAAUAAAUGUUAGUCCUUAUAUCUGAGGUAAUAGGUGCAACAUAAGCAUUAAAUAAUAAUACUACAAAUGUUUCUAUUUCUACUGAUCUUUACGUGUAUUUUUAAUGUUUCUUUAUACAUGCUUGCAAUUAUUUUUAAUUAAUAAAAUCAAUUUUGUGUUGCGCGCGUGCUAUCUACUUUGAAUGAAUUGCUAUAAGAAAUAUACUAUAAUUGACUAUACUACAACAAAGAAACAAAAAUGUUUUGGAUUGUUAACAAAAUAAUGUACAUUUUUAUCAAAUUCAUUAAAUUUCAUGUCUCUAAAUAGAAUUUCACAUUCCAGGCUUUUUAAUACUAUUACUUUCUAGUCUGAAAACUUGCGUACACCAAAGACAGUUUAUAAAAGCAUGUUACAAUUUAAAAUAGUAUAGAUAACAUGAAUACAUUGCUCAAGAUUGAUUAAAUUUUACAACACUAUCCAGUACAAUGGUUGUAAAGUUAUUCAUGAAAAUGUGUAAUUUAGAUUUCUUCAAGAUUAAAAUUAGACUUGUAUGCAACGCAUAAAAUUAAAUUCAUUUGAAGCUUUGGUAGAGGUGAACAUUCUCUGUCAAUUCUUCUAUGUACUCUAUAGCCACAAUAUCUAUAAAUGAAUGAUCAACAUCAAAUAAAGUAUGAUUUUCUAGCGUAACACUUCAUUGGUAGCCACAUUCUUAUGUAUAUAAGGUAAUUAGGCAUACUCUUACAUCUGUACAAAAGCAUAGUCUGCAAUGUAAUAUGAAAAAUCCUUAGGUGUUACAAAUGUUACAAUCAGAUGCAAACUUUUGUAAACACAAACGACUUACUGAAAUUAGAGACAAAUUAUAUGUUAUGAUUGGCUUGACAAACAAAAGAUGAAUUGUUAAUAAAAGUAUUAAUUUCCUAAUAUUAAUAAUGUGCACCUAAAGGCUUUUUCAAUAACAAGUCGUUUCUUAUUAAUAUAAUAAUAGAUACCAUUGCAUAGUUGCAUCAAUUUGUAGUAAAUGAAAAAAAAAUGUAGAAAAAUAUACUAAUGUGGUAUUAUAUCAAUUAAAUAAUGAUAAUGCAUUGUUUACAAUAUUUGCAGGAGAUCCUGUUACAUUAGUUUUAUAAAUUUCAUUCAUCAUAAUUGCGUAUCUGGAAGAUAAUGUACUCAUUCAUUUGAUUCACAGUUUUACUGAAUUGUUGAAUUAUAUAUGUAAUUAAAUUAUAAAAUACACAAGUCAAACGUGUAUGCUGUGUGAAAGACAACUUCUUAGCAAACUGUAGCUCACUUACAAAUUUUGUUUUGUACAAUUUUCAGAACACAUUGUAUUAUUUUAUUUAUAAGUAUUUCAUUUACCAUUAUUCCUUUGAUAUACUACUAGUAGUAAUAACAAUAUAUUAUUUAUAUAUGAAAUGUUUUGCAGCUAUAUUAUUUUGAAGUACAGUAAUUAUAAGAUAUGCUUAGUAUUUAGAAAAUAUUGCAUUAAUAGUGUGGCUCUUCUAAACGCAAUGUGUAUUUAUGUACUUUUGAUGGAACAUUAUAAAAUUUAAAUUCCAGAGAUGUUCACACUUACUAUAUUGAAAAAAAAACGUACACUAUAUUAUAGUAUCGAAUCACUAUUUUUAAGGGAUAUAAAUGAACACGAGAAAGCAAUUUGGUCACUUACAAUCUACUGCAAUGUGUCCAACAAAUUAAAAUACUAAUGCAUGACGUUAUUAAGAUGAACUGAAAAAUAUGUAAAAAAAAGUACAUAGUUUGUAAGGUAUAAGCCCAAGGCAUUCAUAAUAAUUUAUAUGUAACUUUUCGUUAGGUAAAUAUGUAUUAAAGACUGUUAAAUGAAGCUGUAAAUGGAAAUUUGUAUGUAAAUCAGAGAAAAUAAAAUUUUUAAACAAUU